UUGACGGUCUUGCCUAUCUCAAGGCGGGCAGGCGGGCAGGCGGGUAGACAGGCUAGGAAACGCGCCUUCCGGGCACCGGUGAGAGAGCGCGGUAUUUGAAGGGAAGGAACGCCCAGUCUCCGUGCGAAGUUCGGCUCCAGAACAUACUUGUCCCUUUCGAGAAAAAAGCACCCCAAACGAAACGGCUUCUGGGAGAAAAAAAAACCCUGUCUGUCUAGUGGUCCCGAGCCUGUUAAACAUUCCCGCUAUGGCGCGAUGCUACCACCGUCACAGAACUCAUACCCUCAGAUCGUUCUCUUUGGAGACUCGCUCUUCCAGGGUACCGCCGAUGUGUCCGGCGGCUUUUCUUUCCAGGCUGCUCUUCAGACACAGGUCCUACGCCGGUUCGACGUUAUCAACCGCGGCUUCUCAGGAUACAACACAUCCAAUGCCCUAAGCAUACUUCCGCAGGUCUUUUCACCGCCGACACCCGGUGGACCAGAACUCAAGUACUUGUUCAUCCUCUUCGGCGCCAACGAUGCAGCCGUCCCGCUUCCCACCAACUUUCAGCAUGUGCCCCUGGACAAGUACAAGGAGAACCUUGCCCGCAUCAUCAACCAUCCCAUCAUCACGGCGCACAAGCCCAAAAUCUUCCUCGUCACACCACCACCCUUAGAUGAGAUUCGCGUGACCGUACUCGACCGGGCCAACGGACAUCCCUCCGCGGCAAGGCGGACCAAGGUUAGCGCGGCUUACUCCGAAGCCGUCCGGCAGGUCGCUGCGGAGCACCCCGGUGUGACGCUGAUAGAUCUUCACAAGGCGCUCAUGGACAGGGCCAUUGAGAUGACGCCGGGCUUCGACCCCAAGGGCCCGGCGCUGGGCGAUCCGGAGGGCGGCGUUCGCGGGUACCUCGAGCAUCUGCUUCCGGAUGGGCUCCACCUAAGCACCGAGUCAUACCGCAUCUUCUACGAUCUGGUGCGGCCCCAUAUCGGCUCUGAAUGGGCUGGAACCAAGGACGAGGACAGAGUUGGGUAUGUACUGCCGGACUGGCGUAACGCGCCGUGGCUCGAAGAAGACCAGCACCUCCGAGGCAAGUCUCUAUAAGGCGACCACGGGAAUGCCUUGAGCAAGUCGAGCGGCAGCAUUGCAGGCUCCGGCUCUUCGCACGGUGCUGGUCAUUGAUGCAAAU